AUGAGCAACAUCCCUAAUUUAUUAGAUUUGUGGAAGAAACAUAUUGGUAAAUGGCCACCUGAACCUGGAGAACGUAAAAAGCCUGAGAAACGUAAGAAGCCUGAAAAACAUAAAAGGCCUAAGUCACCUGAAUUCUAUGAUGCGGAAACUGGUGAUAAACUCACGUUCCCCAAUUAUAAUAAUAAUGACGAUGAACCGAUUCCAGUCAAGGCCAUUGUAUUAGAUAAUGAAUACAUGAAAUUCAUGAAGGAAAAAAAUCUUACUGAUGCUCAAGCUGCUCUUGCUGUCAAGGCUGGACGUCAAGCAUACAAUAACUAUUAUAAUUCUUCUCGAAAACCCACAUUAUCGGUUGCUGCUGUUUCCGAUACUGGCAAUAGUGGAGCAAAUGGUUCUGCACGAGAGCCCGGAGACAAUCCUCCAGUCUUUGAUCCUAAACUCUCAAGUCAACCUUCACGUAAAGGCUGCAUGGGACGUUCAGGAUGUGCGGAAUUUCAAUUAGCUUCUAAAAAUUUUAUUAAAGGAGAUAAACCGAAUGCUUCAGCUGUGGCCGCAUACGAUCCUAUUAAUGGAACACAUGCAAUGAGCAA